AUGACAUGUUAAAACUGUUCGGAGAGUUGUCAUGAUUGAAAUUAUUAUUAUUUAUGAAUGUAUUUGUGUGUCCAGAACCUGACGAUGAUGAGCAGAAGGUGAAGACUCAACGGCCACGAUCAGCUGACCAGCCAGGUGUGUUCCAGGCCCAGACAGGUGACCCGGCAGCGGAGGAGUGGUCUCAGUGGAGCGUGUGUUCGCUGACAUGUGGGCAAGGUUGGCAGGUUCGUUCUCGUUCUUGUGUAUCCUCUCCGUACGGGACCCUCUGCAGUGGCCCGCUGAGGGAAAACCGACUCUGCAACAACACUGCCACCUGCCCAGUGCAUGGGCUGUGGGAGGAGUGGUCUUCCUGGAGCUUGUGCUCAGUCACGUGUGGCCGAGGCUCUCGGACCCGGAGCAGGAUCUGUGUGCUCCCCGAGCACGGAAACGAGGCCUGUGGAGGGCCCGAGGUGCAAACCAAACUCUGCAAUAUAGCUGUGUGCCCUGUGGAGGGUCAGUGGUUGGACUGGGCGGCCUGGUCCCAGUGCUCCGUGUCCUGUGACUCGGGCACUCAGCAGAGGCAACGGCGUUGCAGUGUGUCGGUUCAUGGCUGGGCGGAGUGUAAGGGGCCGCAUGCCGAAACUCGUGAGUGCACCAACCCGUCUUGCGGAGGUGGAGGGAACUGGGGUGCCUGGAAUCACUGGAGCUUGUGCUCCAAAACCUGCGACUCCGGUUGGCAGCGCCGGUUCCGUAUGUGUGAAGGCACGGGAAUCCAGGGUUACCCUUGCGAUGGCUCCGGAGAGGAAGUGCGCUCCUGCAAUGACAAGAAGUGCCCAGCACCUCAUGAAAUUUGUAAAGAUGAGUACCAAGUAGCCAUGACGUGGAAGAGAGCCUCAGCUGGAGAGACGGUGUACAACAAGUGUCCAUCAAAUGCCACUGGAUCUGCUAGUCGUCGUUGCUUGCUGGACGCUAAUGGAGUUGCUUACUGGGGUCCUCCGAGCUUCGCCCGAUGUGUCUCACUCGAAUAUAGAUAUUUACAUUUAUCUUUGCGAGAACAUCUUGCGAAGGGUCAGAGGACCCUGGCAGGGGAGGGCAUGUCUCAGAUCGUGAGGAGUCUCCUGGAGUUAAUGUCCCGUAAGAAUUAUUACAGCGGCGACCUCUUAUUCUCUGUGGAGAUUCUCCGAAAUGUGACGGACACCUUCAAGCGAGCAACCUACAUCCCAGCUCCUGACGACGUGCAGAAAUUCUUCCAGAUAGUCAGCUUAAUGUUGGACAUUGAAAACCUUGAGAAGUGGGAAGACGCUCACCAGGUCUCUCCGGGUUCUGUGUUUCUGAUGCGAGUUGUGGAAGACUUCAUUCAUCUAAUUGGAGAGGCUCAGAAGCCGUUCCAGAGCUUUCUGGUUGUCACCAACAACCUCAUUAUCACCAUCCAGCGAGAGCCCGUUUCGGCUGUUUCCAGUGACAUCAACUUCCCCAUGAAGGGGAGGAGAGGGAUGAAAGACUGGGCACGCUCUUCUGAUGACAAACUCUUCAUCCCCAAAGAAGUCUUUGCCUUGUCCUCCGAUGAAUCAGACGACACUGCGUAUUUUGUGAUCGGAGCAAUCCUGUACCGCACCCUCGGCUUCAUCAUGCCCCCACCAAAAGAUCCAUUCGUGAUCAGCUCAAAGAUUCUGACAGUGACGGUACGUCCCUUACCGAAACCAACCGAGCCCUUGGUAUCAGUGGAACUUGCACCUUUGCUCAAUGGCACAACAGAUCCUCAGUGUGUGGUCUGGGACUACGGAAACCCAGAGGCUGGCGAAGAAAACUGGGACGCAGAGAGCUGCCAAACGCUCCCAUCGCCGGCAGUCUCCCACACCAAAUGUCUGUGCAGCAAGCUGUCCACCUUUGCAGUGUUAGCGCAGAAAGCUAAAGAACCGAGCUCUCUGCCCUCCCAAGACUCUGCAAGCUUCUCAGUAUUACAGAUCAAGACUGCUCUUGGGCUUUGUAGUGAGAACUAG